AUGAAGACACCACUGUUGGGUUUGGCUUUGUUGUCACUGCUCCUCUGUCCAGAGCUGAUGUAUUUGACCACCCAACUGAGUCAGAACUGCAACAAUGGCCGCUACGAGAUCACCGUCCUGCUGAUGGAGCAGUCAAACUUCCUAGAGUCCAAGGAGAACCUGAAAAUGGCAGUGGAUCAGGGAGUGGAAAUAGUAAACAAGCGUCUAAAUAAUGACGGCAGAAAUGUGACUGUGAUUGCUCACCCUGUCUAUUCGGUGGGUAUGUUUUAUCAGUCAAACGACUGUCGGAGGAGCACCUGUGAAGGCCUGGACCUACUCAAAACAAUUUUAAAUGAAAACAAAAUGGGUUGUGUCCUCAUGGGGCCCUUGUGUACAUAUUCCACCUUCCAGAUGUACCUUGACACAGAUUUGAACUAUACCAUGAUUUCAGCUGGAAGCUUUGGACUGUCAUGUGACUUCAAGGAAACGUUAACCAGGCUGAUGUUUCCAGCGAGGAAGUUGAUGUACUUCUUGGUUGACUUUUGGAAGAUGAAUAAAUUGCCAUUCAAAUCUUUUUCCUGGACCUCUGCAUAUGUUUUCAAGAAUAAUACCGAGUCUGAGGAUUGUUUCUGGUACCUCAAUGCUCUGGAGGCUGGAGUUGCCAAUUUUUCUCAGGAACUUAGCUUCAAGGAUGUGUUGAGAGGAAAGGCCGAGUUUCAGAAAAUCUUUAUGGACCAGGGUAGGAAAAGCAAUGUGUUUGUUGUGUGUGGUACACCAGACACCAUCAGCUUCCUCAAGGAUGGCCUGGAAAUGGCUGAAGACACUGUCAUUAUUCUAGUGGAUCUAUUCAAUAAACACUACUUCAGGGACAAUGUCACAGCCCCUGACUAUAUGAAAAAUGUCCUUGUUUUGACACUGCAUUCUAACGAGUCCAAUAGCUCUUCAUCCCAGGACUUCCCAGUGGAGCUAAGUCCCUUUUCUCUUGCCUACUUGAAUGGAGUCUUGCUCUUUGGACACGUGCUGAAGCUAUUUCUUGAAAAUGGAGAAGAUGUUAACACCCCCGAAUUUGCUCAUGCUUUCAGGAACCUCACUUUUCAAGGGUAUAAGGGUAAUGUGACUUUGGACAUCUAUGGGGAUAUCGACGAGACUCUGGUGUUUCUGUAUACCUCUGUGGAGACCAACAAAUACAGUUUACUUAUGACCUACGACACCCACAGAAAUAGCACUGGUGAGUUGCAAAACAGCCCCGCAUUCAUCUGGAAGAAUCACCAACUUCCUAACGACACUCUAGGCCAAGGGCCUCACAUCCUGAUGAUUGCAAUCUUCACUCUUGCCGGAACUGUGGUCCUGCUGCUGUUGAUUGCUCUCGUGGUGCUGAGACAAUAUAAAAAAGGAUAUGAACUUCGUCAGAAAAAAUGGGCCCACAUUCCUCCUGAAAACAUCUUUCCUCUGGAGACCAAUGAGACCAACCAUGUUAGCCUGAAGAUCGAUGAUGACAAGAGACGAGAUACAAUUCAGAGACUACGACAGUGCAAAUACGACAAAAAGAGAGUGAUUCUAAAGGAUCUCAAGCACAAUGAUGGCAAUUUCACUGAGAAGCAGAAGAUAGAAUUGAACAAGUUGCUUCAGAUCGACUAUUACAACCUAACCAAAUUCUACGGAACAGUGAAGCUUGAUACCAUGAUCUUUGGGGUGAUUGAAUACUGCGAGAGAGGAUCCCUCCGGGAAGUUUUAAAUGACACAAUUUCCUACCCUGAUGGUACAUUCAUGGAUUGGGAGUUUAAGAUCUCUGUCCUGUAUGACAUUGCCAAGGGGAUGUCAUACCUGCACUCCAACAAGACAGAAGUGCACGGCCGUCUGAAAUCCACCAACUGUGUGGUGGAUAGCAGGAUGGUGGUGAAGAUCACGGAUUUCGGCUGCAAUUCCAUUCUACCUCCGAGGAAAGACCUGUGGACCGCCCCCGAGCACCUCCGCCAAGCCAGCAUCUCUCAGAAAGGGGAUGUGUACAGCUUCGGGAUCAUCGCGCAGGAGAUCAUCCUGCGGAGAGAGACCUUCUACACACAGAGCUGCCGGGACCAGAAUGAGAAGAUUUUCCGUGUGGAGAGUAACAACGGAGUGAAGCCCUUCCGCCCAGAUCUGUUCCUGGAAACAGCCGAGGAGAAAGAGCUGGAAGUAUAUCUACUUGUGAAAAACUGCUGGGAGGAAGACCCAGAGAAGAGACCAGAUUUCAAGAAAAUUGAGAGUACACUGGCCAAGAUAUUUGGCCUUUUUCAUGACCAGAAAAGUGAAAGUUAUAUGGAUACCUUGAUUCGACGUCUACAGCUAUAUUCUCGAAACCUGGAACAUCUGGUGGAGGAAAGGACACAGCUGUACAAGGCAGAGAGGGACAGAGCUGACAGACUUAACUUUAUGUUGCUCCCAAGGCUAGUGGUAAAGUCUCUGAAGGAGAAAGGCAUAGUGGAGCCUGAACUCUAUGAGGAAGUUACAAUCUACUUCAGUGACAUUGUAGGUUUCACCACUAUCUGCAAGUACAGCACCCCCAUGGAAGUGGUGGACAUGCUGAAUGACAUCUAUAAGAGUUUUGACCACAUCCUUGAUCACCAUGACGUGUACAAGGUGGAAACCAUUGGUGAUGCCUACAUGGUAGCUAGUGGCUUGCCCAAGAGAAAUGGCAAUCGGCAUGCAGUAGACAUUGCCAAGAUGGCCUUGGAUAUUCUCAGCUUCAUGGGGACCUUCGAGCUGGAGCACCUUCCCGGCCUCCCAAUAUGGAUUCGCAUUGGAGUUCACUCUGGUCCCUGUGCCGCUGGAGUUGUGGGGAUCAAGAUGCCUCGUUACUGCCUAUUUGGAGAUACCGUCAACACAGCCUCUAGGAUGGAAUCCACUGGCCUCCCCUUGAGAAUUCAUGUGAGUGGCUCCACCAUAGCCAUCCUGAAGAGAACUGAGUGCCAGUUCUUGUAUGAAAUGAGAGGAGAAACAUACUUAAAGGGAAAGGGAACUGAGACCACCUACUGGUUGACUGGGAUGAAGGACCAGGAGUACAACCUGCCAACCCCUCCUACUGUGGAGAAUCAACAGCGCUUGCAAGCUGAAUUUUCUGACAUGAUUGCCAGCUCUUUGCAAAAAAGACAGGCCACGGGGAUAAGAAACCAAAGACCUACACGAGUAGCUAGCUACAAGAAAGGCUCUCUGGAAUACAUGCAGCUGAACACAACAGACAAGGAGAGCACCUAUUUUUAA